UAUUGGAGCGGGAUUUAUGGAGUUUAUUAUUUAGCAACAUCGGACUUGGACUUGCAAACCAAUUUAAUCCACAGGAUCGGAUGCCAGGAUGGGAUUGUCACUCGAUCGGAUAUCAUGGUGAUGAUGGACUGCUUUUCACGAACAGUACGGAGGGAGCCAAAUAUGGACCUUUGUAUACCACGGGGGAUACGGUUGGAUGUGGUAUAAACUUUUUUGAAAAUAGUAUAUUCUUUACCAAGAAUGGAAUGAAUCUAGGUAAUGCCGUUGAAAAUUAUACUCUUUUCGGUCCUUUGUACCCGACCAUGGGCCUAAUAAGUAAAGAUGAAUGCGUUGAAGUGAAUUUUGGGGCAAAACCAUUUGAAUAUGAUAUCGAGUUUCAUGCGAAGAUGGUAUUUCAAAAAGCUCUGAUGUUUGGUAAAAAGGUAAAACCCGAAUACGAUUAA